AUGGAGCAAUAUGUUGUGUCGCUCCGAGAGGCUAUUUAUAGUCGACCAGACGGAAAUUCUGAACGUUCUCGUCAUCUUUAUGAGCUGAGCAGCCUCCUUCGCCAGCAUUAUGUGGCUUCAAAUGGAGAACGAAAUCCAGAACAGGCGGUUCUUAUUGCUCGAGAGGCGGCUGAAGUCGUCCCCAAUGACAGCCCAAUGGCUGCAAAGUAUUUAAACAGCCUGGGUCGCUUGCUGCGUCACAAGUUCGACUUCAAGGGAGACCCAAGAGACCUUGAUGAGGCUGUUCGAUUUUUCAGGCAGUCUGUUGAUCAGUGGAAAGAAGAGGACCCAUCUUGGAUCCAAUGGUUGACGGACCUUGGAGAUAGCAUCUAUGUUCGACAUAAUCUCACAGGAUCACUGCCAGAUCUGGAGGAGGCCAUUGAGCUGGCGAGAAGAGCACUUGGAGACAUAGCAGAGAAUGAUCCUGAAGCUAUAGACCUUACGAUCGACCUCGUGGUCCGGCUUCGUACCCAAAACAAGCGAACAGGGUCUAUCUUUGCUGCGGAAGAGGCCAUUGAGAUUGCCCAAAACAUUCUCGAAUCAUCCCCAGAGGAUCAUCCAUCCCGCAGUACAUUACUGCAUCUACUAGCUGGCAGCUUUUCAGAUCGAUUUGUCCUUGCCGGUGUUAUGGAUGACCUCAAUCAACACAUCGCGUUUUCGAGACAGGCUAUUGAUGCAACCUCCUUUGAUGAUUCAGAAAGUGUCACACGACUUGCAGGCUUAGCUGUGGGCCUCAGUGAUAGGUACGCUAGGACUGGAGCACUGGGUGAUCUCUCAGAAGCUAUCAGGAUAGCGAAGAUGGCGUUUGAACAAACGGAAGAGGGAUCUGACGAUUGGGCAACACAUGCUUGCAAUCUCUCAGGAUACCUCCUGACAUUGUACCAGAGAACUGGAGACCGGCUGGACCUUGACACAGCAAUUGCAUUGGCUAGAGGUUCAGUGGACUCGACACCGACCAGAAAUUCUCUGAGGCACAUACGUCUCGGAAAUCUGACAGCUUGUCUAAUCGCUCGUUUUGAUAGUACAGGCUCCUUGGACCACCUCGAAGAAUGUGUGAAAAUGGGCCGAGAGGCUAAAGAAGCUACCCCUAAGGAACACGUUAAGUGGCCGGCGCGGCUGCAUGAUCUGGGAGCCAUCAUGCAAAGAAGAUAUCAGAUGACGGAAGAUCUUGAAGAUCUCGAUGAGGCUAUUGGUUUGACCCAGCAAGCCCUGUUCGCUUUGGGGCCAAACCAUCCACAGCAGGCUGAUACCAUAUCUCUGAUCGCAUUGUUCUUUGCAAAGCGAUACGGGGAGACAGAGUCAACCGAAGAUCUUCAGCGAACAGAGUUCUUCUACAGAGCUGCUCUCUUUCAAACACAAUCGCCAAUCGUAACGCGCAUCGAGGCAGGUGUGAAACUAAUCUCAGUUUGCAUGGUCCAGCGGAACAUGGAGAAAGCUUACGAAGGCGCCAAAUACGUUGUGGAUCUCAUCCCGCAUAUGGCUGUACGGUCACUGGAGAGCUCCGACAAGCAGGACCUUUUGCUUAAGAUAGGCGGGGUGUCAUCUGAGGCGGCUGGUCUAGCACUCUAUCUGGAUGAAGACCCGUUAGUGGCAUUGAGUCUUUUAGAGAAGGGUCGCGGCAUAUUUGCUUUAUCUCUGGAUGAGAUGCGUGCAGAUAUAAAGACCUUGGAAGAGCAAUGUCCUGAUCUAGCAAGGAAGUUUGUUUCGCUUCGCGAACAGCUCUCGGCCUCUACUUCUUCAGGAAAGACGCUGGAUACUAAGGAUCCUGAAUGGAAUGUUGACGAGAGUCGACGUCACGAGGCAGGCGAUGAAUUUGAAAGCUUGCUUCGAGAAAUCCGGCAGCAAUCAGGUUUUGAGACCUUUCUGCUACCUCCCUCAGAAUCUGAGAUACGAUUUGCGGCGGAGCGCGGCCCCAUCGUUAUCAUCAACACCAGCAUGCUACGUUGCGAUGCGAUCUUGGUCGAGAGCCACCAGAUCACGUCUGUGCCUCUGACUGACUUUAACCGCCGCGACAUGAUUGAGUAUGUAAAAAACGGCACAUUCAAAAGUGAUGAAGCCCUUCAAUGGCUAUGGGACUGUGCCGCAAAUCCUGUAUUGAACGCGUUGGGAUUUGAUAAACCCCCUCCUAAGGGAGAUUGGCCUCAUGUUUGGUGGAUCAUGACAGGGCUUCUGAACAAAUUUCCUAUUCACGCUGCUGGCUACCACUUGAAAGGAUCUUCCGAGACCGUCAUUGAUAGAGUCAUCUCGUCUUAUCAUGGUUCCAUACAAUCAAUCAUCCGUAGUAGGAAGCGGCCUACUUCGGCUACUACCCAGACAAAUGCACUGCUCGUCGCAAUGGAAGCCACUCCUGGGAGCUCUAAGCUCCCCUUCGCGACUGGAGAAAUAGCAGCUAUCCGUGGCAUAUGCAGGUCAAUGUCAAUCGAGCCCGAUGAGCCUGAACCAACGAGGGAUAAAAUUCUGCCAAGCCUGCUGGAAUGCGGGAUAUUUCACUUUGCAGGACAUGCCUGCACAGAUCCUGAAGAUCCGAUUGGAAGCUAUCUCUGUUUGGAUGAAGAGAGGGAAAAAUGCCUGACCGUGUUGGACCUGCUAGACAUGAAUCUGCAGAGCCGCUCCCCUUUUCUUGCCUAUCUAUCUGCCUGUGGGACGGGUCGUAUUGAUCAUAAUGACCUGGCGGACGAAGGAAUCCACCUCAUAAAUGGGUUUCACACGGCUGGCUUUCGCCAUGUCAUUGGGACUUUAUGGGAAGUCAAGGAUGAAAUCUGUGUAGACAUGGCUAUGUUGACAUACGAAGGAAUGAUGCAAAAUGGCAUGACAGAUGAAGCGGUCUCUCGUGGACUUCAUGAAGCUUCCAAAGAGCUUCGAGAUCGCUGCUUGACUAUGGCUGGGACUCAUCACCGGACAAGUGUGAGCUUACAGGUAAGAGCUGGUGAAAAUCAGACGGGCGAUGGAGAUGAGUUUGGAGGGAGAGGUCUUGACGGGUUUUCGAGGGAUAUUGUAACUUGCGACGAGGAGCCUGUUUAUCCGCCAUGGAUUCCGUAUAUUCACUAUGGGGUCUGA